AAUGGAAAUCGAUUGUGAAAAAAUGAAAUUUACUAUAACUUAAUAUGAGAAAGAAAAAAAUCAUGAUGUCUUAUAAUUAAAUAAUGAUAUUAAAGAAUAUCAAAAAUUAAUAGAAGAAAAAAUAAUAGAAAGAAAUUAAUUAUUAUCUGAGAAAGAAGAAGAAGAAAAUAGAAUUACAGAAGAGAAUUUAAAUCUUGGUAGAAUAUUUAUGGCUAUUGAUAAUAUAAAUUAAAGAUGUUUAGAUGGGUAUUAAAAAAUUAAGUAAGAUUAUGAAGAUUAAAAUAAAGAAAAAGAUAAAAUAAUUAAAUAAGUGAGAGAGGAAAAGAAACCAUUUAAAUUAUAAUAAGAUGAUGAAAAUUUUGAUAUUAAAUGUAAAUUAGUAUAUAAAUAAAAAUUAGGUUAAUAAGCUUCGAUAAAAUUGAAAUAGAUUGUUUAAAAUUUAAAUGAUUUUAAAAAGAUAAUUGAGGGUUGCAGAAAUGAAAUUAAAAAUAAACAAAAGUGA